UUAGUGCAAAAGUACGGAAAGUGCAAGCAACGCGAACAAACCCAUUAUAUGGAAGUUUGUGGUAGACGUUUGUAAUCGCCGACAUUUCAAACUUGGUGAUCGUAUUGUUUCUGGAUCAAAGACAAGAGCUAACUCAAGAGAAAAAGGGAGAAUCUCAAGAGAGUCGCGUGUAUUUGGAUAGCUGAUUAAUUGACAUCAGAAUACAGUCGAACAUUCUGUAAAUACGUAACGUCGUUUAGUGUUCAAACGAUCUCCGUAUAUUCCCUAGAGUUAAUCUACAAGUUCUUUCAUCAUGGUUAAUGUUAACACAAGAGUAUUUUUCGACAUUGAAGUUGGUGGACUGCCUAUGGGCAGAAUAGUCUUUGAAUUAUUUUCGGACAUCUGCCCCAUAACGUGUGAGAACUUCCGUGCACUAUGUACUGGAGAAAAGGGAUUGGGAAAAACAACAGGCAAACCAUUGCAUUAUAAAGGCAUUGUUUUUCAUAGGGUUGUUAAAGAUUUUAUGAUUCAAGGAGGAGAUUUCUCAAUAGGUAAUGGGACAGGUGGCGAAUCCAUUUAUGGUGGUAUAUUUGCAGAUGAAAACUUUAUUAUGAAACAUAACAAGUCAUUCUUACUAUCAAUGGCAAAUCGUGGUAAAGAUACCAAUGGAUCACAAUUUUUCAUUACAACACAACCAGCGCCUCACCUCGACAAUGUCCAUGUGGUUUUUGGAGAAGUAGUGUCUGGGCAAGAGAUCGUUACGCAUAUUGAAGGACUUCCAGUAGACCGAAUGUCACGUCCAUUGCAAGAUGCUAAGGUUGUGAACUGUGGCGAAUUAGUCCUGAAGCUCAAAAGUAAAGCGAAGAAACGAGAAGCGAAACAAAGUAGUUCGGCGGAUUCCGAAUCUGAUUCUUACACUGACAAGACAAAAAAGAAAAAGAAGAGCAAGAAAAGUAAAAAGAGAGCAAAGUCGGAAGAUGGUGAAAUUCGGGAUUCUAAUGAGGAAGAAGAUGAACAACCUCAUCCGCUAGUAUCUGUCACCAAGAUUGAUCCCGAUGAGAUUCCAGAAGUGCCAGCAAAUAAAUUCUUGUACAGAGCGGGUUCCACUAACAAUGCGAAUCAGAAGGAAUUUAGACAGCAUUAUGGAAGAGAUCGUGUUCGCUCUCAUAGAAAAACUGGUCGUGUUUUCAAGGGUAGAGGAAUAUUCCGAUAUCAUACUCCUUCUCGGAGUCGUUCCAGAAGUAUAACACCACCUCAUUGGAAACAAGCUCAAAAUCGUACCAUCAAAUUGCAUGAAUUUCAGAAAAUGGAAAAAGAACGUGUCAAGAAAGAAGAGGAGUCCAAACAUGAAACCGAUAGAAUUAAAAGAUUCAUAGAAAAUCCAGAUGAAAAUGAUCAAGUACCAGAUGUUGACCAUAAUAUAUGCACAACAGAAUUAAUGGAAAAUAAAGAGAAUGAUCAAAUAGACGAAAUGGUGACUAUAACUAAAAUGCAGGAUGAUAACGCGAAGAAAAACGUGGAGGGAAAUGAUAUUACACAGAACAAAGAGGAAAUUAAGCAUAAUAAAAAUGAGAAAUCGUUCAAACGUGACGUCAAUCGAUCCUAUAAUGAUAGAAGCUCCCGACGUGAUUCCAGAGAUAGAAGUAGAAAACGUGGACGUUCUCGAUCAAGAGAUCAUCGAAGAUCUAGAGAGCGAGGUUACGAUCGUAGUGGAGCAAGUCGCGAUAGACGGAAUCGGAGAAAUUAUUCUCCUCGUAGGCGAGAUUUUUACAGAACUAGCAGGCCUGGAAGAGAUACUUACAGGCACUACGAUAAACGCAACGAUCGACGUCGGAAUGAUUCUAAUUUUCAUCAGGACAACGAUUUCAACUUCCGCUACGAUAAGAACAAACAUAAAAGAAACGAUAAUGCAUCGGACAUGAGUCAAGCGAAAUUUAAACGCCGUUCGCGAUCAAGCAGCUCAAGUAGCCAGCACUCCAAAGAUUAAUCUGAGUCAUUUCACGUUAUCCGUUUCGCUUAUUAUUGAUACCAACGAAAUACUAUUAAAAAUUUGGAUAAA